CGGCCACACUCAAUUGGCGAAGAGCGUUCGGUCAUCUCUCUCUCCUCCCUCCCCCCCUUCCCGCCCUCGCUCGCCCCCCUCCUCUCUUUUUUCACUUUUUGCCCAAUAUGGAUCGCCCUGAUCAUGGACGUGAGCCCUGCCCUUGGCGUAUUGGUGAGGAUGCUGGUGGUGCUUUCGCCAUGGGCUUCGUCGGCUCCUCGAUGAUCAACUCCUUCAAGGGUUUCCGCAAUGCCCCCAAGUCCGCCAACCGCAUUGCUCAUGCCCUCCGCACUGCCCAGCGCGUGGCCCCCGUCACCGGAGGGAGCUUCGCCGUCUGGGGUGCUACUUUCUCCACCCUUGAGUGCACCUUCUCCUAUCUGCGUGGGAAGUCCGACUCUUACAACAUGAUUGCUGCUGGUACUCUGACCGGUGGUAUCCUGGCCCUCCGCUCCGGUAUCCGCAGUGCCGCCAUCAGUGCUGUCAUUGGUGGUUCCCUGAUGGCCGUCUUCGAGAUGAUUUCCGUCGCCCUCAACCGCACCACCGCCGAUAUGACCCGUCCGACUGCCUUCGAGUUUGGUGUCUCAUCCAACCUCAGCCCCACUGUCCUGGACCCCCACGGUCCGCCUCAGGAGUUCUCUGAGGAUAAGCUCUACUAAAGUGGGCGGCUCGCGCGCGCGCGCGCGUGUCCCCCCCCCACUCUCCCCUCCUAUUUACUCCACAGACACACGGACGCCCGCGAGCGCCCGCGUCCGCGCACCGGCGCCAGCACCGACACACCCGCACACAUGUGCACGCUCGUGUACCCCCGUCACUGCGCUGCGGUUGCUGUCACGAUGGCAGCAGUAGCAAUGUGCGCCCGCCUCCUUCCCCCCCCCCCACACAUUUCUCCCGCCCCUUUUUCCUCCUAGACAGUCCCCACCUCCUUGCCCCCGCCGUUCUCUUCAUCUCCCCCCUCUCCCAUUAGGGCAUCUCUCUCUGUGUAUGUGUACGUGUGUACGUGUGUAUGCACAACCCCUUCCCCCCUGGCCAGGGAGCUGGAAGGCCACAGCAGAGCGGCGAGGGAGGAAGGGGGGAGAGGCGGGACAGCCGGCAGGAGAGAGAGAGAACCGAGGAGAGAGGGGCGGCGAGGAGGACAGGGGGAGUUCUUGUGCUCCUGUGUACGCCCCGGGCGGCGGCCUUCCCCUGACGCGCUUACCUUGCUUCCUCCUCGCAUCAGCAUGGCAUCCGCCCGAUCAUCCUCCCUCCCUUUCCGCCCUUUCCUUCCCUUUCCUUCUUUCUCCUCCUCCUCUGUCCAUUUCCCUUGAAAGACACCAAACACUAUAAAACUGCAAACUUCCC